CACCAUAUUUGUUAUAUAUAUCUUUUAAAACCCUAAAGCUUUGCACUCUAUCAAGUCUCGCCUUGCAAGAGUUGCGACAAGAAAUCGUAGUGGCUGUUCUUCAUCUCUCUCCUUCUCCAAUCUUCUGAGGAUGGAUUCACAGAUUAAGCAUGCCGUGGUGGUGAAAGUUAUGGGUAGGACUGGAUCGAGGGGGCAGGUGACUCAAGUCAGAGUCAAGUUUCUUGAUGACCAGAAUCGAUUCAUCAUGAGGAAUGUGAAGGGACCUGUCAGAGAAGGGGAUGUGCUUACCCUCCUUGAGUCUGAAAGAGAAGCUAGGAGGCUUCGAUGAUGGGUUUAUCUUUGCCUACUCUUCAUAUGGUUUUAAUAUAGUAGCAAGAAUGUUAUGUUAUGGUAGCUAGAGUAAUUUCCAAUGAUUUUACGAACAUUGUUGUGUGGGUUACAUUUUCUCAUCAUUACAAUAUCAAGACUUGAAUUUUGAUAUAUGUGUUGUCAUGGAACCAAUACUUGAAGUUUUUCAAUUAUGAAAAGACCCCAGAGUUUGGUUUGAGUUA